AAAAACACUGUUUACUCGAGAUUAUCAUCAUCAAUGUAGGCAGAUGGUAGAAUUGGGUUACUGCCAGUGAAUUGAGUUUUAAAGAAUUCGUCCUGCAUUAUGUCGUCGACUUCAAACACAACUGCGAGCAAUGAGUCUCGAAGAAGACUUCGGGAUCUUUUACCCAAUUUGCACUUGGGAUACUGGAGACCCGGGCCCCUCAAUUCCUUAACUGACGUUCCUGGCGUCCUUGUUCAUACACAGGAAAUUUUCGCUGACGAUGGUGCUGUGAACACUGGUGUCACAAGCAUCCUACCUCGAACGAAUUGGUUUCAUAAUGCCUGUUACGCCGGCAUAUUCAGCUUCAAUGGCUCUGGCGAGAUGACUGGUAGCCAUUGGAUCAACGAGACUGGCUUGCUACAUUCCCCUAUUGUCAUUACCAACUCAUUCUCAGUCGGUGCCGCAUACCAAGGAAUUUACGAAUACACCAUAAAGGCUCAAGGCGUAGCCAAGGGGAAUGUUGAUUGGUUUUUGCUACCUGUCGUCGCAGAGACUUUCGAUGGUUACCUUAACGAUCUUACUCAAUUCGUUAUCAAGCCCGAACAUAUUGUCAAGGGUCUCGAGAGCGUAACAAGCGAUCGAGUACGGGAAGGAAAUGUUGGUGGUGGAACCGGAAUGAUUUGCCAUUAUUUCAAGGGUGGUACCGGUAGUAGCAGUAGGUUGGUUGAUGGAUUCGACAGCAAAGGGGAGGCGAAAACAUACACCGUUGGUGCACUCGUACAAGCAAAUUACGGAAGGCCACAGCAUUUUCGUAUCGCGGGUGUACCAGUGGGGAGAAUCCUAGCUCAGGAAGCCGACGAGGCCGCCAAAAGCAACCCAGCAAUCAAGAUGGCGUAUGACGCGCUUGAGAAAGAGAAGAAUAGGAAAGACGGAAGCAUCAUCGUCAUCAUCGCGACAGAUGCACCUUUAAGUCCUAUUCAAUUGCAAAGACUUGCUAAAAGAGCGACGGUGGGGAUUUCUAGAGUUGGGGGAUAUGGCCAUAACCCUUCUGGUGAUAUUUUCCUGGCUUUCUCAACUGGUAAUGAAAUCCCGGUCCAGUCAGUAUCAAUGGAGCGAAGGGCGGUUGAUCCGUUUAAACCCACUCCCAUCACGGUUGAUUUGGUUGAUGAUACUACAAUCAAUGGGUUAUUCGAAGCCGCUGCAGAUGCGACCGAAGAGUCGAUUUAUAAUGCUCUGUGCAUGGCUGAGACGAUGGUAGGAAACCAGGGACACAAGAUCGAGGCGCUUCCUCUUGAAAGGGUCAAAGAAAUCAUGGAGAGGUAUGCUUGAACAUCAUAUUCGGGUUUGGAAUUAUUUCUGUGCUUUUAUUAAACAUUUUUUUAAUCCAU